CUGAAAGGAGAAGAUAUGGGGGCUCCUCCACCUAAGGCAGAGGGACCCUGGGUCCAACUCCAGAAACUGCUGGCCUCCUGGCUGGUCAGAGAGCAGGACUGGGAUCAGCACGUGGACGAGGCCCACAUGCUGCAACAGAAGAGGAUUUCCCUGAAACAUUUCCACCCUCUGUUGGAGGCCUACGUGACUCAGCAGGACAAAAUCCGUCUGGUGGGGGAGUUGGUGACCGUCACAGGGGCUGUGAUUAUCCUGCUCCUAGAGAUCCCAGACAUCCUUAGGGUUGGUGCUUCUCGAUAUUUUGGACAGACUAUCCUCGGGGGACCAUUCCAUGUCAUCAUCAUCAUCUACGCCUGCAUGGUGCUGGUGACCAUGGUGAUGCGGCUCUCCAACAUGAAUGGGGAGAUGGUGCCCAUGUCCAUUGCCCUGGUGCUGGGCUGGUGCAGUGUUAUGUACUUCGCUCGAGGAUUCCAGAUGCUUGGUCCCUUCAGCAUCAUGAUCCAGAAGAUGAUUUUUGGAGACCUCAUGCGUUUCUGCUGGCUAAUGGCUGUGGUUAUUCUGGGAUUUGCCUCAGCGUUCUAUGUCAUUUUCCAGACAGAGGACCCAGCCAAUCUGGGGCAAUUCUAUGACUAUCCCAUGGCACUGUUCAGCACCUUUGAGCUUUUCCUCACCGUCAUUGAUGGGCCUGCCAACUACGAAGUGAACUUGCCCUUCAUGUUUGGCAUUGUCUACUUUGCCUUCACCAUCAUCGCCACACUGCUUAUGCUCAACCUAUUCAUCGCCAUGAUGGGUGACACACACUGGCGGGUGGCCCAUGAGCGGGACGAGCUCUGGAGGGCCCAGGUGGUGGCUACCACGGUGAUGCUAGAGAGGAAGCUGCCUCGCUUCCUGUGGCCUCGCUCUGGGAUCUGCGGGUACCAGUAUGGGCUGGGGGACCGCUGGUUCCUGCGAGUUGAGAACCACCAUGAUCAAAAUCCUUUGCGAGUGCUUCGCUACGUGGAAGCUUUCAAGGGCUCAGACAAGGAGGAUGGACAAGAGCAGCUUUCUGAGAAACAGCCCUCUGUUUCUGCGACUGAAAGUGGGACCCUAGCCAGAGCCUCUCUGUCCCCCCUGACCCCCUCCCUGUCCCGGACCACAUCUCACAGCAGUAGUCACCGGGGCUGGGAGAUCCUUCGUCGUAACACCCUGGGACAUGGAAAUCUUGGGCUGGACCUUGGCGAGGGGGAUGGAGAGGACAAUAUCUAUCAUUUAUGAUGAGGACCCUUGUUACCGUUGGCCUGACAAACAGGUGGGCCUAGAUGGGGAACGGUAUCUAAUUUUCAUGCCUGUUAACUGUGGGGAGGGGGUCAACAGAAUAAUUCUUAAAGGCCAUGUCUCACCUUCACAUCAGCAUUUCUGGAGAUGGGCAAUGGGCAUCUGUUGCCCCACAUAGCUCCUGGGCUCCUGGAAGUCCCACAUCUUGAGAAAAGAAGGUAUCUCUUCAAGGAAAGUUGGACUUGGCCAUCAAAGACAAGAGAUAGGGAUGCUAGACCAACAUGUGGAUCAUCUUUCUUUCUGCCUCAUGCCAGCCCUAGACCGUAGUAAGCUGUGAAGCCUGCCUGGUUCCACAAGGCUUACCGUGGGAAGAGCCAGGUGUGGCACUGAAGUGGCCCCUCCCUUUUUCUUAUACCCCUGUAGGACUCUCCUUUCCUGGCAACCAAAUCCCAACUAGAAAACUGCAAGAAGAAAUGUCCUUUAUUCUUGCCUGAUUUUUAAAUAAUUUGAUUGUGG